AUGCUUCUGAUUUUAGUGACUUUGAAUGUUAUUUUAGUUCACUCUUGUACCAAACAGUACGACACGGGCAAUGACGUCAGUUUGUCAGUAGUGUGUUCUAACUUGGAGCCUGGCCAGUACAGAGGAGACUGUCAGUGUGUUUCGGGUAAAUGUUCUGGAUGCAGUCCCAGUACUAGUCUGUUCAAGAUUAAGCAUGCAGUCAGAAAUGCGAAAUAUGUUUUCAAAGUUGAGGCUUACGACGUACAAAAUAAAGAUACGACGAAAGUAUUGAUGUCUACAGCGUUAGAAGUGAAGAAACAGUGUUCGGAAGACCAAGUGCUGAUUAACAGUACGGUGCAGAUAUUCACCAAGAGGUCGUGUCACUGUCCGAAAUUCCAGCAAGGGCAGACCUACUGGGUGAUGGGGACACAGGUCUACCCACGAAGAAAGAAAGAUGGUUCAUCCACGUUUCACUACUGGAUUGAUGAGGACUCGUUUGUGAUGGGCGACAUACACGAGGAUUUCGCCAAACUCGAGAAACGCAUCAACUUACCAAGCAUCAAAACACAACGUGGAUGCCACUGAGUCAAGGAUUGACCUACCAGCGCAUCAAUUUUCAAAUAAAGAAGAAGAAAUUAAAAACAUACCCCAACCCCCUAUAAAAACAAAAAGAAAAUAUAUUUUUAAAAAUAAUUAAAGCAACACACACUCAAGCCAAAUCAAGCGCCAACAACAACUGCGGUUUACAAUUAUAGGAUAUUAAACGAGCUUCCAUUUCGUAUCAGGUUUAUGUUCCGAGUGAAAUAAUUUCAGUUGUCACACGAGCUUUAGCGAGUGACAAUGAACAUUAUUUCACGAGUGAUAUAAACAU